AUGUUCUGCUUGGAUUGUAGUCACGUGGUUCGAGAAUCCGCGGAGGUCAUGAAUAGUCUGUCCGCAUUACGAAAGGACUAUGAACUCAAAGUGGAUAAAAAUGUGGUCGCACCGCUCACUCGGUUGGUGGACGACACGCGGGCGGAUAUUGAUAAAGAACGACGUGCAUUUAAGAAAGCAGUAUCGGAUGCGCGUGAAGCUCGCGAUCAAUUGGAACGAGCUACGGCACAGUUGAAUCAGCUGACAGGACAUAACAACAACAACACUAACAACGGAUCCACGAUCAAUAUGAACGGUUCUUUCUCUUCGCUGGACACUUGCACAAAUAAUUCAUCGGCUAAUUCCGAUGCUGUGUCUGCUGCCAUAGCUCGAUGCAAUCAAGCUCAGAGUGCACUGGACGAGAAGGAGCGAGAUUUGAUGGCAUCCAAAGUACGAUUUGAUAGUUUCAUAACCGUCCUGUUUGCGUUUGUAAAGCAUAAUUUAAAAACGAGUUUUAGCUGCGCGAUUGUCAGCUUGAUAAGACCGUAUGCAAAUAAUAUCUUGCAAAUGUAUGCUUGA